AUGCUGUCGACGGAGACGCUGAGAUGCGACCCCAGAAACUACAGCGUCCCUAUCCUUGAUGUUCUCAAGGAUUCCGAUGACCAAGAGAUCUCCUAUAUGGUCAUGCCGUUUCUUCGCCUCACAAACCGCCCCGAAUUCGAGAUAGUCGAGGACGUCAUAAACCUUAUUGACCAAAUUUUGAAGAUGUUCCCUCAAGGCUUUCAUCCGGUCAAAACCGGGUUUCUGCUCGACGCCAAGACACCAGCGCGCCCUCUCGCAAGGUCUCAAGUGUCGGUGAAACAUUACCAUGUCGGCUAUGGGAUUUCGAUAUACAUACCGCCUCACGUCCACCCCAAACUUGCGCUAGGCAUUGAUGGUCGGGAUCGAGACGUGCCAGAGCUAUCUGCAUUCGCACCUUACGACCCAUUCAAAAUGGCUAUAUUCAUCAUUGGCAACAUGUUCAAAAGAAUAUUCCUCGACGAAUUCACCAAUGUCGGGUUUCUGCUGCGCUUGCACGAGUCUAUGACGCAGCGUGACCCUGCACGCAGACCUGAUUCUCAGGAAGCAUCGAAAGAAUGGCAGGUCGUCCGAUCGUCACUCUGGCAAGUACAUCGGAAGUGGAGGCUUCGGUCCCGUCGUUAUUGGUUGCACAAUCCCUACUAUGAUGUCGAUUCUUUCUGCAAUAUCUCCACCAGCCUCACUACUGAAUUUUUGGGCUGGGGUACAUAA